UGAGCUCUACUAGUAGCUAGCUAAAACAUGGAUCAGGGGAAGGAAGCAGGAGAGAGCACCAAGUACCGCGGGGUAAGGAAGCGGCCGUGGGGGAAGUACGCGGCGGAGAUUCGUGACUCUAAUAAUCACGGAGCACGUAUUUGGCUUGGUACUUUUAACACAGCAGAGGAGGCGGCUCGGGCUUAUGAUAGGGCGGCGUAUGCCAUGAGAGGGCACUUGGCCAUCCUUAAUUUUCCUGAGGAGUAUCCCAUGGCAGGUGGUGGCUCCUCGUCUUCGUCUUCAUCUUCAUCGGCAAUGCGUGGUGGUAAGCAGGUUUUUGAGUUCGAGUAUCUGGAUGAUAAGGUGUUGGAGCAGCUUCUUGAGGACAGUGAAAGAAGGAGCAAGAAAAACUGAAGAAAGAGGAUGGGUUGAUCAUAUUUCAGGUCCUUAAUUUGAAUUGGUGAAGGCGUGCAAGAUAAGUAUAUUUAUGUUAUGCUCUGUCAUAAAGCACUCUGUUUCAAAGAGUGCCAGAUAGAAUUUAUUUCUCUACUCUCUUUUUUCCCCCAAUUUCUUCUCUCUUUUUUUUUUUUUUUUUUGAAAAAUUGUAACUGGAUUAUUGCUACUUCUAAUUUAUAAGAACCAAUAAUUAACUAAUAAAUGUGAGCAGAUGAA